GGCCGGCUUAUUCUCGUCUGUAUAUAUUCCCUUAAUUGAUUGACCCUGCUACUUACGUUCAUUUCACUCGCCUGCUUCUUUGCAUCCCCAGUCAAUUCACUUGGUUUGUGGAGGCUCAGAAUAUCCAUACCUUCUUGAAACAGCAACAUGGCGGAUGUCGACAAAGCAUCAUCGUUCCAUGUAGAAUCGACCACGAAACCGUACGAUGACAGGGUCUCGGAGUCCUUCGAAGGACUAUCGGACGAAGAGACGCAGGCAUUAGAGAAGAAAUUGGUUCGAAAGAUUGAUCUCCACCUGAUCUCAUCACUGUUCCUGUUGUUCAUCUUCAACAUCCUCGACCGCUCGAACAUUGCCAAUGCCCGUCUCGGCGGAAUGCAGGAAGACCUCCAUCUGUCGGAUACCCAGUAUCAGACAGCGGUGGCCAUUAUGUUCGUCGGGUAUCUGCUGGGUCAGGUCCCGAGCAACAUUCUCCUCACCCGCCUGCAGCCCUCGCGGUACAUCCCGACAGCAAUCUUCAUCUGGGGCGGCAUCUCCCUCUGCACAGCUGCCACCAAGAACUUUGCCGGGAUCAUGUGUGUGCGAGUCUUUCUCGGGUUCGCCGAAUCGCCUUUCUUCUCCGGAGCGUUACUUCUCAUCAGCUCCUGGUACAAGCCGUCGGAGAUUGCCGUGCGGGUGGCGUUGGUGUAUUGCGGAAACACAGUGGCCAACGGGUUUGGUGGCCUGCUUGCCGCAGGCAUCAUGGACGGGCUGAAUGGCAAGGGUGGUCUUGCUGGCUGGAGGUGGCUCUUCAUCAUCGAAGGCGCCGGCACAAUGGUAGCAGGGCUACUCGCGGUGGUGCUUCUGCCCGACUUCCCGCGCUCGGGACAGCGCAAGUGGCUGAACGAGCAGGAGCAGCGGUUCGCCGAAUGGCGCCUGGCGCGCGCGGCCAACGACGAGGUCGAUGAGAACGGCUCCGUCAAGGACGGCUUGAGAGAGGCACUCACCGACCCGAAGGCAUGGAUGCUGAUCUCGAUCCAAAUCUGCCAACUCACCUCCCAGAGCUGGACAUACUUCUUCCCCACCAUCGUCAAGACCCUCGGGUUCGACAACACCAUCACCCUCCUCAUCACGGCCCCCGUGUACGUCUUCGGGUUCUUCACGGCGCUGGGAAACUCCUUGAUCGCGAACCGCACCAACCACCGCGCGAUCCUGAUCAUCUGGCCGCUGUGCGUGGACAUCGUGGGCAAUAUCAUGGUGAUCUCGUCGCACGCCACGGCGGUGCGGUACGUCGGCAUGUUCCUGAUGUGCGCCGGGUCGUACUCGGCGUUCAACGUCGUGCAAGCGUGGAUCGCGAGUACGAUCCCCCGCACGCGGACCAAGCGCGCCAUCGUCUACGCGUUGGUGAAUCUGUUCGGCAACUCGUCCAACAUCUACGGCUCCUACUUCUUCCCCACCUCGGACGGGCCCCAGUACCGGCCCGGCGGGAUCACGCUGUCUUCCUUUGCCGCGGCGGGGAUUGUGUUAACGUCGUUGUUGGCCGUCUACCUUCAUCUCCUCAACACGAAGGCCAAGAAGGCGGAGGAGCGGGAUGGUCAACAGCGCUAUAGGUAUAUCUGGUAG